UUCUCUUCAGCAUCACCUCAAAUGCUCUAUUUGGCUGAAACCUAAAUUAUACAAUUUACAAGAGGCAUCUAAAUCUAAGAACAUUAUCUUUUCUCAGAACUGAUUUUUUAAAAGAAUUCCCUUUUUAUCCAGAAAAUGUCUACUUCAGACUUAUCUUCUUUAUUGCUAUCUCCACUUCGAAGAAAUGCUUAUGAUGAUGAUGAAGAAGAUAGUGACAGUUCUCAAGAUGAAAGUCAGCAAAUGAAGGGAGCAGUUCACAGUUAUUUAGAGGAGAGCAUUCGUCCGUACAUUGAUCUGAUCGACACUCUGCGGUCAGUUGGCAUUCAGAAGGACGUGGCAUUACCGACUAUUGCAGUGAUCGGAGAUCAGAGUUCUGGGAAAAGCUCUGUGUUGGAAGCGCUGUCUGGAGUUGCAUUACCAAGAGGAAGCGGAAUUGUCACCAGAUGUCCACUAGAGCUGAGGCUGAAGAAGGUAACUGGUGGAGUCAAGUGGAAGGCUGUUCUGUCCUACCGUAAAAAGAGAAAUGAAUCUGUGGAUUCUUCAUUUGUUGCAGGUCCUAUUAAACCCAGCAAAUUGGCAAAUGGAAAGGUAGCACAUUCAACAAAUGAUGUGAAGAAAUUUGAAUUUGGAGAUCCUUCAUUAGUUGAAGAACAUGUUACAGCAGCCCAGAAUGAGCUGGCAGGAAGUGGGGUAGGAAUAUGUGAUGAACUCAUCACUUUAGAGGUCAUGUCACCAGAUGUGUGUGACCUCACAGUGAUCGAUCUACCUGGAAUUGCCAGAGUCCCAGUUAAAGGACAACCCCAAGAUAUUGGAAAUCAGAUAAAACAUCUGAUUAUGAAAUUUAUUAAGAAGCAAGAGACUAUAAACCUGGUAGUGGUUCCUUGUAACACUGACAUUGCAACAACAGAGGCAUUAAAAAUGGCACAAGAAGUAGAUCCUGAGGGCGGAAGAACUGUCGCCAUUUUGACCAAGCCAGACCUCAUAGACAGGGGAACAGAGAAGGACAUCCUGGACAUUGUCCACAACAAAGUGAUUCCUCUCAGCAAAGGUUACACCAUGGUGAAGUGUAGAGGACAACAGCAGAUCGAUGAGAACAUUCCUCUGGAGGAGGCGACACAAAUAGAGAGAGAUUUCUUCCAAAACCAUGACCAUUUCAGAGAUCUCUUGAAUGAGGAUAAAGCGACUAUUAAAUGUCUUGCUGUCAAGCUGACUCAGAAUCUUGUUGAUCAUAUCAAAACAUCACUGCCACAGCUCAAUCAGCAGAUUAAAAAAAUGUUGUUGGACGUGAAGAUUGAGCUUAAGGAGUGCGAGCCUGGACCACCAGAAGAUCUUAAGGGAGCCAAACAGUUCCUCGUUGAAACCCUAAAAAGAUUCAGUGAUCAAAUCGACUCUUUAUCAUCAGGGGAACAGAUGAGUGGGGAAAACUUGUUUGUCCAGCUUCGGGCUGAGUUCAAGAAGUGGAAUGAUCAUCUUAACAGCACAAAAACAACCUUCAGCAAUUCAAAAGAGUUGAGCCAGACUAACAGAGGGAGGGAACUGCCCGGAUUCAGUAACUACAGAUUGUUUGAGUCGCUUCUGCAAAAACAUGUGGCCAACCUUAAGAAGCCAGCCGUUGAAUUACUCAAUGCCAUCAAAGACAUCAUCAUCGCACAUUUGACUGACGUGGUGAGUCAGUGUUUCAGGAACUACUCUGUCCUUCAAAAGACCGCUAAGGACAAAAUCAACAACAUUCAGUUAACCCAGCAAGAAAAGAUGGAGCAGAUGAUCUCAGAGCAGUUUGAAAUGGAAAACUUGGUCUACACUCAAGAUCCCAAAUACUUUAAGGUCUUGAGUGAGAUUACGAAUGAGAAGUUUUCAGAGGAUCAGUUACCCAUCUUUGACAAAAAUUGCAAGUACAGUAAAAUGAUGGAGGCGUAUUAUGAGAUUGUGGUGCAGCGAAUGGCUGACCAACUGCCCAUGAUGAUCUUAUUUUUCAUGUUGAAGCAGACUGCUCAGCUCCUGUCUACUGACAUGUUGUGUUUAGUGGAUGGGGCAAAUGUGAGUGAGCUCCUGUUUGAGGACUCUGAUGUCAGCAGAAGGCGCAAAGAACUACGAGAGCGCCGGGAUCGUUUGAGUGCUGCUCAGGAAGCACUUAACACGUUUUUUUUCUACUAACUAGAGGGUAUAUCUGAAAAUUCAUAUAAUGUAUCUAUGUCAAUCUUAUAAUGUAUCUGACAACUUCUAAACAAACAUCCAUUUUCCAUAAAUAAACCUAUACAAUUUUCUUCAGAAUAUUAAAAUAUACAUUCAUAAACCCA